CUGUGCUGCAAGGCAGGCGGGCAAAGCAGCUGCGGGAGUGCUGACAACAACGGACGGGCUUCUGUUGUGAAAAAGUCCCAAACGCAACCGUACCAUUUCUGUGUGUGUGUGUGUUUUUUUUUUCGGUCUGAAGUCCACCUCCGGCUGCUCUCCGACCGAACGCAUUUCCUUGUCUUUCGGCGCGUGCACUGGGAUUAUACACAAACCGAGGUGAAAUGACUGCUGUUCUUCUCUGGGUCUAAACCAAUGGUGACUGCGGGGGCUUCUGUUUUGUGGAUUAUCCGUCGUCGCCGAGCCAGUCGCAUGGUCGAGCCCGGAGGAGGCCCCUCUCUGCUGGGUGGAUGUGUGUGAGGCAGCGCCGGACUCCCAGUACGAAUGCAGACCGACCUGAGGAUGAUGCUCGGUUCUCACUGGCAACGGGCGAACUGAUUUUGGAUGUUCGGGCUGGAUUGCCCCCCCGAGACAAAACAGUUUCUCAUACAGCAAAUAUUCUAUUCCUUAAAAACUGGACGCCCCUGGAGCAGUUUAUGACGACCCUGGUAGGAGCGUGAUGAGCGCGCGCUUCCGUUUGCCUGCUGGCAGAUCCUACAAUGUCCGGGCGACGGAGCUGGAGCGAGACAGGCAGCACACACAGGUGGUGUGUAACGUACUGCUGCUGGACAACACCGUCCAGGCGUUCAAAGUCAGCAAGUCCGAUCUUGGUCAGGUGUUGCUGGAUGCUGUCUUUAAGCACCUGGAGCUGACUGAGAGAGACUACUUUGGCCUCCAUUUGGCCGAUGACUCCACAGAUGCACCGCGCUGGCUCGACCCCAACAAGCCCAUCAGGAAACAGUUAAAAAGAGGAUCUCCCCAUAACCUGAGCUUCAGAGUGAAGUUCUUUGUGACCGACCCCAGUAAACUUCAGGAAGAAUACACCCGGUACCAAUAUUUUCUCCAGAUCAAGCAGGAUAUACUAAGCGGCCGGUUGCCCUGUCCACACAACACAGCUGCACUGCUGGCAUCCUACUCUGUUCAGUCUGAGUUGGGCGACUACAGUGAAACAGAGCAUCCCCCUGGUUACCUGUCAGACUACUGCUUCAUCCCCAGCCCCCCACAGGACUUCCACAAGGAGGUGGCCAAGCAUCACCAGCAGCACAGUGGGUUAUCUCCUGCCCAGUCUGAGUUUAAUUAUCUCAACACAGCACGAACGCUGGAGCUAUACGGCGUAGAGCUGCACUAUGCAAGGGACCAGAGUAACACAGAGAUCCUCAUUGGGGUGAUGUCCGCUGGUAUCGUGGUUUACAAGAACAGGGUACGGAUCAACUACUUCCCAUGGUUGAAAAUUGUGAAAAUCUCCUUCAAGUGUAAACAGUUCUUUGUCCAGCUGAGGAGAGAGGUGACCGAGUCUCGGGAAACGCUGCUGGGUUUCAACAUGGUGAACUACCGGGCCUGUAAGAACUUGUGGAAGGCCUGCGUGGAACACCACACCUUCUUCAGGCUGGAGCGGCCCAUCCCACCACAGAAGAACUUCUUUGCACAUUACUUCACACUGGGCUCAAAGUUCAGAUACUGUGGACGAACAGAAGUACAGUCUGUGCAGUAUGGAAAGGAGAAAGGCAUCAAGGACAGAGUGUUUGCCAGAUCUCCCAGUAAGCCACUGGCCAGGAAGUUAGUGGGAGGAACCGACUGGGAGGCCGUCAGCCGGAACAGUCUGUCAGACGAGAGACUGGAGACCCAGAGCCUACCCACCCGUUCACCCCCCGGGACCCCCAACCAGAACUCACUGUUUGUUCAAGAAGGAACACGUCUACGCCCGUCGUCCGUCGGCCACCUGGUGGAUCAUGUGAUUCACGCUUCACCCAGCCUGCCUGUGUUUUCAUCCAAUCACAAGUCGGCCUCGUCCACACAGGCCAACAGCAUUAGCCUGGACUCAACCCCGUCUCCAGAGGGGGUGGAUGGUCAGCCCCCUGCCCUGCCCCCCAAACAGCUGAGCAGGAAGACGUUGAGUCAGAUCAUCCAGGCCCAUUCGCAGCAGAGCCUCCUGGACAACCACCUCAACGAGAUGUACGACGUUCCUGUCAAUGCAGACAAGACCACGCUAAACGGUGUCAUCCCUCAUGAUAAUCUGGUCCUGAUCAAGAUGAGACCUGAUGAGCAUGGACGGUUUGGCUUCAAUGUCAAGGGAGGAGCCGACCAGAAGAUGCCCAUCAUUGUUUCUCGAGUAGCACCAGGAACGUCAGCUGACCUCUGCGUUCCUCGUCUCAAUGAGGGUGACCAGGUGGUGUUGAUAAAUGGGCGGGACAUCUCUGACCACACCCACGAUCAGGUGGUCAUGUUCAUAAAGGCCAGCUGUGAAAGCCACUCUGGGGAGCUCAUCCUAUUGGUCCGACCAAAUGCUAUUUAUGAUGUGGUGGAGGAAAAGACGGACUCUGAGCCGGAUUUUCAGUACAUCCCAGAGAAGUCGCCUCAGGACCCGGCGCAGCUGGACCAGCAUGCUUUGAAGGACUCGAUGGUGGCGCUGAAGGACGGCCUGAGCAGCGGAACCAUAUUGGCCCAAUUUGACCAACUGUACAGAAAAAGGCCGGGGAUGACCAUGCUGUGUGCCAAAUUACCUCAGAAUGUUUCCAAAAACCGCUACAGAGACAUCUCUCCCUACGAUGCCACUCGGGUCAUUCUGAAAAGCACUGAUGACUACAUCAAUGCAAACUACAUCAAUAUGGAGAUUCCUGCCUCCAGUCUGAUAAACCGGUACAUAGCGUGCCAGGGUCCACUGCCCAACACCUGCCCCGACUUCUGGCAGAUGACCUGGGAACAGGGCUCGUCUAUGGUGGUGAUGCUGACCACGCAGGUGGAGAGAGGCCGGGUGAAGUGCCACCAGUACUGGCCUAACCCAGAGAGCAGCGCCACCUAUGGAGACUUUACAGUAACGUGCCACAAUGAAGAGGGUAACUCAGCCUUUUUGGUCCGGGAGAUGACGCUGAUGCACACACAGAGUGACCAGCAGAGGGAGCUGACCCAGAUCCAGUACCUGGCCUGGCCCGACCACGGCGUUCCCGAUGACUCCACUGAUUUCCUGGACUUUGUGGCUCUGGUCCGAUCCAAACGGGCCGGACAGGACCAGCCAAUGGUGGUUCACUGCAGUGCUGGGAUUGGUCGGACUGGGGUUCUGAUCACUAUGGAGACGGCGUUAUGUCUGAUGGAGUGCGGUCAGCCGGUUUACCCUCUAGAUAUCGUCAGGACCAUGAGAGACCAACGGGCGAUGAUGAUCCAGACGCCGAGCCAGUAUCGCUUCGUGUGCGAGGCCAUCCUGAAAGUCAACGAGGAGGGUUUGGUCAAACCGCUGAAGGCGCUGGUUUAUCAGCACAGAGAACGACCCGACCAGGACAAGGACCAGGACAAGAAGGGAGAGGCUGAGGAGGUGGCGUCGAUGGAGGACGGCGAGACGGCCACGGCAGAGCUGCUAGAAGGCGACGAGGACGAUGACGACGAAGAGGUGGAGGUGCUGGAUGUAGGGGAAGUGAUGGAGGAAGAAGAGGACGAGGACGAAGAGGAAGUGGAGGAGGAGCCCAGUGUCGCCAGCAUCACCAGCGUCAAUAGUGAGACCAGGGCCAGCCCAGAGCCAGAGCCCGAUCCUGGUCCAGAUCCUAGUCCUGGUCCUGGUCCUGAUCCUGGUCCCGAUCCUGGUCCCGAUCCCGCCCUGGGCGACCUGUGACAAUUCUGGGGGUGUUCGGUUUCAGUCGGAGGAGAGAACAAAAGCACUGUUGCACUUUACGCUGACAAAAACGGAAAGAAAAAAGCUAAACAAAAAGGCGAACAAACAUGAAAAUCAGAGACAACUAGAAUAAAAAAAAAAAGAAACCCAGCUGUAUUGAAUAGGUACCAGUAGGAGACGUAUGUUCAGGGUAAAGACGAAACGAAAAGAUACAAGUACGAAAGCAGAAGCGGUGGAUGGAUGGAUGGAUGGAUGGAUGGGGAAAUGCUGUAGUGCCAUAAGUACGAAGGGGAAGGCCCGCCCCCGUCGGUGGGAGGGAGGGGGCCUGUUUAGUUACCUCUGGGGGGAGGGGGGGGCUGUCCCCUUCUGAGCGAGUCUGCCAGACGGACCUGCCUUUUUUUUUUAGUGUCCUUUUAGCUGAUACAGAGAUAUACCUUUUAUCUUUUGUUCCUCAAAGAGUAUUUAUUGUGUUUUAGUUGGCGUCAACCCCAGUCCACUGAACAAAAAAACCCAGUUGUAUGUUUGUUUGUACCAGUCUAGAGCUUUAUGCUUUUCCUGAUUAAAUCUUAGCUAGUCCAGUAGUGUGAUUCCUCUUCCUCUAACUACUUCUUUAUUUCUUUUGCUUUUUUGUGGGGAAAAAAAUAGUGAUUUUAAUUUAUUGUACUUGAUUUUGGCUUCCUCUCUGCUUUCUCGUCUAAGUUUUUUGGACAGCACAGACCGACAGACGGAGGCUGGAAGCACUUUGUGUCUCACCCCCUGUUCGAUGCUGUGGCGGCUGGAUGCUCCCGUCCCUUUGUGCUGUGUUGUUUUUAUUUGUUUGUUUUUUUUUUUCCUCUGAAGUGGCCGUUGCUUUGGCGUGGUACAGACCGGUCUACAAUCCUCGGGGUCUCUGCAUUUGUUGUUGUGUUGUGAUCGCAGAU